AUGCCGAGUGCCAGAAGCGACUGGUGGAUCAACUCGCUGCUGCUGUUGAGCUCAUGUUUGGUCGUCGCCACGGCCGAAGGGCUGGAGUGGCGGAACUGCGGCUUGGAGCUGAGCCACGCGCCCGCCUGCGCGCCCGUGCGCGAUGCCGAGGUGCCGAAGGCUGGCCUGGUGGGCUUCGUCUUUGGAAGCCUGGCAGCGUCGGCGGUGUACUGGAUCCAGAAGCAGCGCGAGAAGCGCAUGCAGCCUAGCAAGGCCUCUCACCCGCGCGAGUGGGCGGUGUGGACCCGGCUCGAUAGGAAGCGAAGGGGCUAUGUGACCCGGAAGGACAUCCGGUCCUUGUGCUAUCGCUUCGAGUCGGACGAGCACGCCGAGCACCUCGCGCAGCUGCUGGAUCCCUAUGGCAUGGACUACAUCACCUUUCGGACCUUCAUCCGACACUUUAAGGCCGUGCAGAUGAUGCGCCAAGCGGCACGGCUGAAGCUUUGGCACCGCUGCUGCGGCAUCGGCGUGGCGGGCAACGUGGCAGGGCAUAUGGCACAGGCCGGCGAAGCCGGCCAGGAGAGCCACUCUGCUCAGAAGCCAGCAGCCAUUUUCGUCUACUACAUGCCUCCACAUCCGUACACCGUGAGCGACUUCCAGGCUGACAAGCGUCGCUUGGAGGAGUUCCCGGUGACCUAUGCGGUGAUCGAUUAUCCCAAGCUCCCUGGCGCCUGCAAGGUGCAGGUGGAGCCGGAGCUGGGCCUCUUGGUGGAUAUCGUCUACUCCAAGGACCGGAGCAAAGUGGACCACCUGGUGCCCAGGCGCGUGGCUGCCUUCAAUGACUGCUCGAUCCGAAGCUUGGAGGGAGCCAACAAGCUGAGCAUGAAGAAGAAUUGGGGUUUCGGCAGCAAAGGCAUCAGCCUGCGGAGCUUCCCGCUGGACGGCUUCGGCAGCGGCAGCUUCGUGGACUAUUUGGCGCUGGUGUCCUACAUGAAACGGGAGGGUGAGGUCUACCAGUACUCCGUGAAGGCGCCAGCCAGGAAUUAUCUGCUCUUCCAUCAACCCUUGCUGGAUUGGAUUGUGGAGCAGAUCAACGAGCAGAAAGACACGGACAAGUGGGAGGAGGUUUGGCCACAGCUGCACUCAGCGGACUACCCCACCUCCUCCUGGAUCGCCCUGGGCGCCGGGGAGUACACCGACUACGGUUCCACCCAUUUCUUGAAGCCUUUGGAUGAGAUUGUGGUGGUGGUCUAUGACGAGCGGUUGAUGCCAGAUGGUCCAGACAUGAAAGCGGUGCUGAACAUGUUCGAGGAUGCUCCUGCGCCCGAGGGGGCGGUGAUGUUGCAUCAGACCUUCGUCUGA